GUGUGGUCUCCGGUGGGGCCGGCGAGCCAUGCUGUAACCCGAGUCAUGCGCACUCAUGGACGGCACCAGCUUCUGCUACCGCAUCGGGGAUCUGGCGAUUGGGCGGGCGCUGUCCAUCACGCCUGGCGGGCUCUUGGUGAAACUGCCGGGGCAAGAUGCUCCGGCACUCUUGCCGCACCAGGUGGCAAGGCAUGGGGUCGGCGUGGGUGACGAGCUCUGCGACCUCUUGGUGGUUCAGCUGUACCCCGACGAGCGCUUCGCCAGCGUGGUGGUGCCGGAAGCGGCGGCAGAGGAGCUCGUUGCUUCUGCAGACGAAGGCGGUUCGGCCACAUCAAAUGCGCAGUGCCAAGAAGAUGAGACACUUGCCCAAGCUAGAUCUCGAGGCCGCUGGGGCGCGCCGAGGGAGCCGAAGGAGCCCAAGGAGCCGAGGGAGCUGCAGGAGCCGCAGGCGGCGUCUCGGCUGAUGCCCUUCUUGGUGAGCAGCCGCGCGGCCGAAGCCGCCGAAGCCCCGAGCUACGCGAGCGCCAUGAAGCCGAGCCAUGCGGCCACCAGCCGAGCUGCGGUUCCGAAGGAGGAGCCGAAGGACGACAGCCUCUCGGUGCAGCAGCUCCUUCAGAUGCGGGAAGUGAUGCUCACCGCGCAGGAUGCCGGGGAGUCGGCAGCUUCUCCGCUGCCGACGUCUAUGCCUUGCCGCGAUGAGGAGUUGGACAGAAGCAUGCUGCAGAUGGUGAUCAGCACCCGCCAGCUUCCGGCUUGGUGGGCCAGAUGCUCUCGCAAAGUGAAGCAUCAGGCCUUCCGAGUUGCUUGCAGAACGGGCCGCUUGAACAUCAUGAAGGCCAUUUACUGUGCCGACGGCAUUGGCAUUGACACUGCCUUCUUGACAGAAACAUUAAAGGAGAUGUGUGCGGAUGCACAAGGUGCCGCUGAUGUCAAGGUAACCAAGAAACCCAAACGUUCGGAGGAUUCGAAAGGAGCGAUGGGCCGGGUGGCAGCGCAAGCCACGGCCGCCUGGACGGCGCCCGGGGGGAGCUUCGGGCGAGCGCCAGCAGCCCAGGCGGCAGCCUGGCUGGUGGAGCAGGGGGCGCCUGUGGAGCUGCUGCUGCCGGAGUCAGGAGAAGCCUUCCCCGCGCGACUGCGUGGCUUGAAGAUGCUGGCCGAGCUGGGUCCCUCAAUCCGCGACGCCUCCGAGCAGAUUGUUGUGGCGGUGGCUGGCUGCCUGCGCGAUCCCGAGGUCUCGGGCCGCCGAGCCGCGGCCGACACCUUGGCCCAGUUUGGGCUGGCGGCGAACCAGGCGCCCAGGGCCCUGCCGCGGCUCCUGCGCUUGGUGCAGAAGGAUGAGGACGUGGCCGUCCGCGAAGCCGCAGCUCGCGCUUUGGGCUCCCUGGGCCCCGAAGGCGUGGCUGCGGUGAUGCAGCUGGGCGGGCUCGAUGCCGAGGAUGCCGAGGUUCAAGGGCUCGCCGCUCUGGCCCUGGGCCACAGUGGGCCAGCUGGAGCGGCGCAGGCGGACAGGCUGGCACAGCUCCUCGAAGGCCGCCAGCUGCCGCUGGAGGAGGCCAUCCGGCUCCGGCUCCGGGCGGCGCAAGCGUUGGGCGCCAGGGCCGACUUGGCCUCCGAAGCAGACCUGGCGGCACUGGCGAAGGGCUUGCAAAAGGACACGGAGGAGAUGGUCCGCGAGGCUUGCUGCAUUGCCAUCGGGCAGAUCGGCCAAGCCAACAAAGGACUCACAACCCUGGCCCGGGUUUCAUUGGAGCCUGGCUUGAGCGAUGCAGCAACUUUCGUCCAAGAGGCUGCGGCGGAUGCCCUCGCCCAUUUGCCUCAACUUGGGGCAGAAGAUUUCGAUGAGCCUCAAAGUGUGUGGCAGUAA